AUGGCUGAAUGUGACCAGCCUUGCUUUUCUCACUUUCCUUACCCCGUUGGCUCCUCGACGGUAGCACCCGCCGAAGGUUUGGUUAUCGAGAGCUUCAAUAUCACCAGCGAGUCGCUGGCCAGCUUCGUUGUAUCUAUCUACCUCGUUGGAUUUGCUGUUGGGCCUCUGGCACUUGGACCCUUAUCAGAGAUCUAUGGUCGUCUUUGGGUCUAUCAAGCUUGCAAUGCCGUCUUCAUCGUUUGGAAUAUAGCUUGUGCGGUUGCUCCAAACAUCGGUUCCUUACUAGCUUUCCGGCUUUUCGCUGGAAUAGCCGGCAGUUGUCCACUUACGCUGGGCGCUGGCUCAAUUGCAGACCUAUUUGUCCCAGAGGAACGAGGUGCAGCUAUGUCAAUCUAUUCAAUGGGUCCGUUGAUGGGGCCGGUGAUUGGACCUAUUGCUGGGGGAUAUCUGGCCGAAGCUGCCGGGUGGAGGUGGAUAUUCUGGGUCAUUUCCAUGGCAGCCGGUGCGGUAUUUGCAUUCUCGCUCCUCUUUCAAAGCGAAAGCUAUGAACCAGUUCUUCUACAACGACGCGUUGACCGACUCAAAAAAGAGACUGGUAACAUGACACUGCGAUCUAAACUCGCUCCGAACAUCAGCGCCAGAGACAACUUCAUCCGGUCAAUCGUCCGACCAACAAAAAUGCUUUUUCUCUCUCCCAUCGUGGCGAUCUUCUCCGUCUACCUCGGAAUCGUCUACGGCUAUCUCUACCUCCUCUUCACGACAUUCCCCUCAGUCUACCAAACCACCUACGACUUUUUCCGAGGCGCCGCCGGCCUCACCUACCUCGGGAUCGGCGUCGGCUCCCUCAUCGGCCUCCUCAUCUUCGGCACCAUCUCCGACAAAAUCCUAAUCUACCUUACGGAAUUCCGCAUGCUCCCGCUCAUCCCAGGAAGCCUUUUUAUCCCGAUCGGGCUGUUCUGGUACGGCUGGUCCGCCGAGAAACAGCUACACUGGAUGAUGCCUCUCGUGGGGACCGGAUGGGUGGCAUUCGGCAUGCUAGCGUCCUUCAUGCCUAUCCAGACGUAUCUAGUCGAUGCAUUCAGCGAACAUGCGGCUUCCGUGACGGCUUCGAUGACGGUGGUUCGAUCGUUGAUAGCGGCGUUUUUGCCGCUGGCGGGACCGGCGAUGUAUGUGAAGCUAGGGCUGGGAUGGGGGAAUUCGAUGCUGGGGUUCAUUGCGUUGGCGAUGCUGCCGCUUCCCGUGGUGUUUUACUACUAUGGGAAGAGGAUCCGGACGUAUCCGUUGUUCAAAGUGACGUUUUAG